AUGGGGCAGAGUGCGGAGAGCGCUGGACGCAAUGCAGCUCGCGACGAGGACCCAGCCAGCGCCGGGGCAGGCGGCGCGGAGGCGAUGCGCGGCGCAGAGGCAAUCGCAGGACGCAUUGCAGGGGCCGACGAGGACGUCCCACUUCUCGCGGCGGAGGCGGCCAAGCAUGUGCGCCGUCACCCCGCCGCGCCAGCGGGCCCGGCAGAUCCGGCGCAUCCUUGGGCGGGUGCGCUAGCGGAAGACGUGGCCGUGGAGUUGCCGCCACCGUCGGACGAGAACGAGCGGCUCCGUGUCGAGGCGGCGCGUCGCGAGAUCGUUGCGCAUGCGGUUCGGGGCGCGGCGCAGCUGGCGGCGUAUUCCUUGCGCUGGCGAAGCUUGAAGAUAGACGGGUGCGGGGGCGAAACCACCUGGAAGCAGCCGUUCAAGUCAGCUCUGGCGAGUCACUUCGGCGACUGGACCGGGGCGGACGUGAAGUUGCGUUUCAGCGCCGCGCACCAUUCAUCGUGCCCCGUGCCCUGGGCGCGGGCGCUUUUCGGACCCUCUCUGGCAGUGCUCGCGCGCAAGUACAACUGUGACAAGAUGAUCUGCCGCAAGUGCUAUGCGCGGCUGCCGGCGCGCGCGGUGAAUUGCCGCAAGAAGAAGUGCGGCCACACCAACUACCUCCGCCCCAAGAAGAAGCUCAAGAGUGUGUUGAACCAGGCCAGGCUUCCGUUGACGAGCUCGGACCGGCGUGGACCGAAUGGGGUUCGAAAGGAGCUGCCAGAGGUCAUGCGCAUGUCUGCCCUGGAGUCUCUCUUGCCGGACGACCUUGCCAAGCACAUCCAGCUGAACCACUCGAGAUUAUCGGACCUCCCGUCCUUGAGGGUUGAAGUAGCGCAGUAUAUCGAGCAGCGCACCGACAACAUAGUCAAGGAUCCUUUGAUCGCAGGCGGCUCAGGAGGAGCAGGUCAGCGUCGUCGCGGCGCGGACGACAUGGAUGUCGGCUCUCUUCGGCAUCGUGGUCUGAAGGGCGACUUCAAGGGAUCCAAGGGCAAAGGUUACGGCGGAAGCAAGGGCGGCAGAGGUGACUCGAAGGGCACAAGUGGCGACGCUGCACGCACCACGUGCUGGAAUUGCGGCAAGAAGGGUCACAAGGCUGAGAACUGCUGGCAGAAGCUCAGGACGGGAUCAAAGGGCGACUUCAAGAGUACCAAGGUCGACCAGGACUGGGACGAGCACGACCAUGACUUGCAUUACGAAGAGCAUGGGCAGCCGGAACCAGAAGAAACUGGAGGCCUGAAGCUAUGUGCUUUCGCACCUCCGGUGUGCGCCAUCGACUCGCAGGGCUGGGUGCCGGUCAACUUCGACUCAGGAGCUGCCGCAGCGGUUGCACCCAACGGCUGGUGCGAUCCCGUGGGUAAGCCGAGUGGAAGGCAGUGCCGCGCUGCCAAUGGCCAGAUCCUGGACGACGAAGGCAUGGGCGAGACUAGGGGCUACGACAAGAACAACCGGGGCGGCUCGACUCCAAGCCAGAAGGGUGGCAGUGACCAACAUGACCAGCCAGAUGACGGUAUUGGUCUUUGGCAGGAGAAGGGCGUGUAUAACAAGUGCCUCAAGGUAGGUCCACCCGCGAGCCCCGGCGUUCGCGGCGCCAGCUUCCCCAGCCGCCGGGGGGGUUCUGGCGGGGGCCGCAGGGUCGGCGAGACCAGAGGCGGCGCCGCCGCCACCGGCCCAGGAGGGCGCGAGACCGCCGAGGGUUCGAUCGCCGAGGUCUCCGACGGCAACGACUCAGAAGGAGAUGGGGGAGCGCGAGGCGUCUGGGCAUGCAGCGCCCAGGUCAUGGGCAACCGCGUCGUUUGGUUCCCCGAGGCGAGGAGACGGAGAUCCCGGUCGCGUUCAUGUACUUCGGCUACCUUUGACAGCGGUGAGGCGGGCGCGAUUCAGGACGACCAGCAAGGGGGGAUCACAUUCUUGGUGAUGCAUUGUAGGAAGCUGCGGUGCCAUGGGGCGAUCGCUUUGCCCAGCGAGACUACCGACGACUUCGUGGUGAGAGCGUGCGGCGAUUUUCUACGCUACUUGGGCCGCGAGAGAUUGGUUCUCAGCUCCGAUGGCGAGGAAGCGACGCUGUCCCUGAAGCAGGCCGUCGCAGGCAAGUGCGAAGGUAAAUUUAUUAUUUUGGAGUCGCUUGUGGGUGAUCACGCUGCACACGGUCAAAUCGAGAGCGCAGUGCAGAUUAUCGAGUUUCAGGUCCGUGCCCUUUUGUGGGCAUUGCAGUCGAGGGUGAGCCCUGGACUUGGCAACGUGGACGUGGAGAGCAAGCUAUUGCUGCAGUGCCCCCGCCAGCCGAGGCUGUUCGACCUGCAGUCCUUCCAGCGGGUGUUCAGGGGAGCUAAGACUUACACGAUGAAGCACAAGACCAGUAUCCCCAGAGUGCUCGAGCAGGAGCUCGCUCGCAUCGGGGAGUUGAUUCGGGUGACCCAGCGCGAUGCCAACGGUGGCUGGGUAGAUCCUAAGCUCGUGAAGGAGGCGAGACAGGUCGAGAUGGACUGGGUGAGCCGGCAGUCCGUCUACGCGGUGUGCGAUGAGUCCGGGUGCUACAAGGCGACGGGGAAGGUUCCGAUCAACGCGGGCUGCGUCGACGCGAACCGUCUCGAGUCGCAGAGUUUGCCCACCGAAGUGGCAGUGAUAGUAGACAGCGACCAUGCCGGGUGCCCAGUCACCUGCAAGUCGACAUCCGUGUGCAUAAGGGACACGUGGCAGCAGGUGAUGGCGGAGGGCCGCAGGCCCCCCGAGCUCUCGGACGAGUUGAAGGCCUGGGACGCAGACCUCGUCAUCCGCAGGGCAUUUGGCUUCGAGAUCAGGUGGGUCAAGGCCCGUUCCACUCCAGGGCGCACCCUUGCGAAGCUCAACGCAGCGGAGCACUGGGGCAUCAUGAGUACGGUGCUGAUCAGGUACCUGGCCCUCCGCUCCAACGACACGGCGAUCAAGGAAGUCACCGCGCUCAUCGCGGAUGGUCUCGGUCAGCAGAGGAUGGUGGUCCCCAGCAUGUCAGCGCUGCUAGGCUCGCACGCCAAUAGCGUCAAGAGGGCCGCGGAUGAACUGUGGCGGGAAGGGGCACGCGGGCCAGUCGGAGUAGUUCAGGCCGCAUUCAUGGACGUGGGCUGGCACGCGCUGUCGGCGACGAGUUGGUCCCGAGCUAUCGGAGAAGACGAAGACAUGGCGGAGCUGCGGGGCACCCCCUCUUUCCUCGACGGUGUCUUCUUCAACGCCAGCGGUUGCUUCCAGCCACUAGAUGAUGUCGCGAAGGGCAUUUCCAAUCAGCUGCGGGCCACGGCGGCGCGGCACCCUAACACGGGCCAUGGGGGCUUCCAGCUGACGGAGUCCAUCGUCCCCGCCGCGAUUGCGCUGGCGGGCUCUGAGCCAGCUCUCUGGGCUGAGAUCCUCUCUUUCGUGCUCGCGCUAGAACGGCUGCGAGCUGGUUUCGUCUGCGUCACGCUUUGGGCCCGCGCCGGAGAAGCCUGGAGCCACCGCCAGUGCAAGGACGUAGAGGCGCCGCUGGCCGAGGCCGAGGCCCUGCUGGGCGCGAGCAAGCACUUCGACGGGGUGCAGAAGAUCAACAGCUGCAUGGAGCUGUUCGAGGCCGAGGUGGGGGGCUCUGGGUCCAAGAUCCUCAAGGAACCGACCGCGUUCUUGGAGGAGUUCAUGCCGAAGAUGUCGCCCGAGCAGAAGGCGUCGCUCCGCAAGAUGUACGAGGUGCGAGGCGACCUCCUCUGCGGCCUCGGGGCCCUCAAGCGCGCGGCGACGGAGUACGGGUGCGCGGAAACGCUGGACCCAGACAGCGCGGAGAUCAAGGCGAAGAGGGCCAAGGUCGCCGCGGCCGAGUCGGGCAUGUCCGCGGACGCCGACAACAAGGUGCCGGUGUCGGUCCUGACCGGCUUCCUCGGGAGCGGCAAGACGACUCUCCUGAAUCACAUCUUGCAGGCUCACCACGGCAAGCGGAUCGCGGUGAUCGAGAACGAGUUCGGGGAGGUGGGCAUCGACGACUCCUUGGUGAAGGCUGGCUCUCUGGCCUCUGAGGAAAACAUUGUGGAGAUGAACAACGGUUGCAUCUGCUGUACUGUGCGCGGCGACCUCAUCGCGGGCCUCAAAAAGCUGAUCAAGAACAGCCAGAAGUCCGGGAAGAAGCUCGAUGGGGUGCUGAUCGAGACAACGGGCUUGGCGGACCCAGCACCAGUGGCGCAGACGUUCUUCGCUGAUGACUACGUGCAGCAGCACAUGCGCCUGGACGGGAUUCUGACGCUCGUGGACGCGGCGCACAUCAUACAGCACCUGGACGACGAGAAGCCGGAGGGCGUGGAGAACGAGGCAGUGGAGCAAAUCGCCUUCGCGGACCGCAUUCUGCUGAACAAGUGCGACCUGGUGGAUGACGAGGCUGGGCUGGUGGAAGUGGAGACCCGGAUCCGGGCCAUUAACGCGAAGGUGCCAAUCAAGCGGUGCACGAACAGUGAGGUUGAGAUGGAUUUCAUCUUGGGCAUCCGCGGUUUCUCCCUCGACAAGAUCAUCGAGAUGGACGACGCGUUCCUGGAGGACAGCCACGACCACCAACACGACAAUCGCGUCUCGUCCGUAGGAAUCGACGUCCCUGGGGAAGUGGUCCAGCAGAAGCUCAACCAGUGGAUCUCGUGGCUUCUGAAGGAGAAGGGCGUCGACAUGUUCCGAUCCAAGGGUGUGCUUGCCGUCAAGGGCAUGAAGGAGAAGUUCGUCUUCCAGGCCAUCCACAUGCUGUUCGCGAACUCGCAGGAGGGCGCCUGGGGGCCAGACGAGGAGAGGAGGUGCAAGAUGAUCUUCAUCGGCAAAAACCUGGACAGGGAAGAGCUCACCAGCGGUUUCAUGGCGUGCAUGGCGAAGUGCUCCAGAGGGGGUCUGGGCCGCACGCCCCGCCGACCUCUCCGCCCGAUCCUGCCGCCCGCGAUGGCCCGGCUCCUGCCGCUGUGCGCCGCCUGCGCGGGCGCCUACGCCCUCGCGGCCGCGUGCCUCGCGGCCCUCGCGGCCCCCGCGCCGGGCGAGGCGGCGCUGGCAGACUUCCAGGGCGAGCCGGUGACCUGCAUGAAGAGGUACGCCCCCGCCAUCAUCAAGCUGCAGGGCGCCAUCGAUGCCGGCGACAUGAAGGCGGUCCUGGCCAAGGAGAACAAGUUCAAGAUGCUCAACACGUACUGGCGCAACCAACCGAAGGACUUCGCCGGGCAGACCGAGAUCUCCGAGGACCUCCUGGAUGCCGCCGCGGACGGGCAGACGGACAAGGUGAAGACGCUGUACGCCAAGUACAUGGAGAAGUCGGAGCUGAAGACGUUCGCCAACCUGCCCCCGGCCAGGCAGUACCACAUGACCAAUCGUGACGCCUCUAUGGGCAAGCGCUGA